UGCUAUAAUGAUGAAACGAUUUCAGUGUGUACUGGCGGUUGUCUGCAAUGCCAUCACAUUGAAAUGACACGUCGUUGUUGAAGUAAAGUUUGCGAUCGUGACAUACGAGGAAAGAUGGAGAAAAUUUUGUUGUGUAAAUAUCUGUGAAGAAGACUUCUUAUGGAUAGUGAAUACAUCCUUCCUAUUCUCCUGGGAGUUGGUUCAGGACUGCUGGUAGCCAUUACAAUCUUCUUGCUUUAUAAAUUGUGGUCUGUUCGCUCUUUGCAAUGUUCCAAAGGUAAAACGAAGUCCACUGCUAACAAAAGGAUACCUACUAUAGUUCAUCAUGAUAUACCUGGAUUCAGCAUACCUAUCACGCGUAAGUUUCAAGUUCAAGAGCCAAUAAAACCACCAAGAACUUCAUCUGAACCACUAUCCUACGAUUACGACGCAGAAAAAUCAAGAUUUCGCUCUUGUGAAAACCUUUCAACAGGUUCUGCAAUUAAAGACUACCAUUCAAAUCCAGAUUUCACACAAGAUGUCCUCAAAUUAGAACCGAUUUCAAGACUCCAACAAACAAAGGAUAAAUGUCGCCUAACUGGAUCAAUCUCAAUGCAAGACCUGAAUAUUUGUUCGCCAGGCGCAAGAAAAAGAUUCAGCCUUCACAAAGAUGACGAAUUGGCGACAUUAAAAUUUGCUUUGUAUUAUGGAGUAGCGUCUAGUGAACUUAAUGUUACAGUUGUGAGUGUAAACAAUAUUUUCCAACUUACUACACUCGCUGAUCAAUCUAGCAUUUGUGUAUGGGUAAAGGUGGAAUUUUCAACGUAUCAUCAAGAGUUCAAGACAAAAUAUGCUUACGUUGAUAACCCAGAGGAGACAUUUUUUAACGAAACUUGCGUUAUAAGUGAUUUUCCUGCUGAUCUUUUCAAUGAAACGACUAUAUUAUUUCAUGUUCUUGAUGGUAAUACAAUUAUCGCCGAGGCUGUUCAUCAAGUAAUGGGACUACUUCCAUCCUUUCCAAAGAAUGAAGCCAUACAACUGCUCCAUCCCGGAACAGUUGAGAUUAGUCAUUCUCCCAAGUCUGGCGAGAUACUAGUACGAUUGAGGUACGAUCCAGUGGAUGAAAGCGUUACACUAGGAAUCGUUGAAUGUCAUGGUCUUAAAACUCCCGGCAGAAAGAAAAAACCAAUUGAUACGUACGUGAAAAUCAAAGUGUUUUUCAGCGAUGUAGUUGUACAACGUCUCAAAACAAAGCUUGUGGCAAAGUCUAACAAUCCUUCGUACAAAGAAACUUUUAAACUUUUUGGUUUUUUCUCGAGAGGAAAGAUGAGCCAAGUAUUGGUAAAACUGACAAUUUACAGUAAGUCUAUGACGAAACAACCUAUAGGCUACGUUAUAUUGGGAACAGGCCGUCAGAAUGACAUCGCAGCCAGUGGAUAUCGUCAUUGGGAGACAAUCAUUGAUAAACCAGAACUUGAUAUUGUACAGUGGCAUUCUCUUAAACCUGCGAGGGCCAUAACGCCUUAGUUUUAAUUAGGAAGAAAUAGUUAGAAGCAUAUAGUAUGGUAGCAUAAAGUAUAGUAGCAUAAAGUAUCUCAAUUUUUUUUUUGAAAAGUAUUAUUUCUUAUGUGCACCAGUUUUGCGGAAACAGAAUGCUUCAGAUUAUAAGUAAUAUGUAUGUAGCUGUAUAUUAUUUUCUAUAGGAAUGUUAAUUUGUAGAUAAUUUUGUGAUUACAUAUUUACAUUUCAUUAUUGUUAAUAUAAAAGGCCUAUUUUUAAAAAGGUUAUGCAAGCUAGAUAUAUCAUCUUUCAUACAUAUCUAUGUAAUAAUAAUAUUUAUAAAUUAUCGCAAAGUACUCUCAGUUCGACUACACUUUCAGACCGAUCUUCAAUAUUUAUAAAAUACGUUAGUCAAUAAAAAUACUAUUGUUUUCUUGCUGAA